AUGACUUUUUCAAAAACAAGAAAUAAAAUUAUUUUUUUACUUUUUUUAAUUAUAAUUAAUAUUUUUAAUAUAAAUGCCUAUAUUAAGGAUGAAAAUGAAGAUGAUUUGUCACUUCUUAUUAGUACAUUAGAUGGUAAUAUUUAUUCAUUUAAUUAUGAAAGUGGAGAGUUAAAUUGGGAUUUAAAACCAAAUGGUGGUGAUUCAUUAUAUUCAACAUCACAAUUUGAUAGAAAACAACAACAAUCAACAUCAACAUCAACAGAGAUUACAAAAUCAUCACCAUCAAUUUUAAUACCAACAUUAGAUGGUAGUGGAUUAUUAUUUCAAUAUUCAAAUGAUAGAUUACAUCAAGUACCAUUUUCAUUACAAGAAUUAGUAAAUACAUCACCAUUAUUUUUAAAAGAACUUGAAGAUAAAUCAUCAACAUCAUCAACAUCGACAACAAGUGAAUCAUCAAAAGAUGAAAAUAAAGUAACAAUGUUUAUUGGUAAUAAAAAAACAUCAAUUACAGUUGUCGAUUCACAAACUGGUGAAAUUAUAAAAUCAAUGUCAAAAGAUGGUCUUUGGUUAACUGAUGAGGACGAUUGUCCUGUUAAUAUUAUUCCCGAUGAAGCAUUAAUGUUUACAAGAUCAGAUUAUCAAAUAAUUGCUUUAGAUCCAAAAUCAGGUGUAGAAAAAUGGAAUCUUUCUGUUGGUGAAUAUAUACCACAUUCAACAAAAUCAUUUUAUAAUUCUGAAAUAUCAUUAAAUUUUGAAGGAUUAAUUGAAGUUGCAUCACUUUCACAAAGAAUGUAUAAAAUUUAUAUAAAGAAACCAGAGAAAACAGUUGUUGGAAUUUCACAUAAUUAUUGGGAACAUAUAUUGACAUCAUCACCAGUUUCAAUUUAUGCAUAUAGUAGUAAAAAACAUAUUUUAAAGAAAUUAGAUUUCCAUAGAAAAGUAUCACCUUAUUCAAAUUCAUUAAUACCAGUUGCUUCAACUGAUUUAAUGAUACCAAGUAAUUUCGAUCGUACAUUUAUGUUUGAUGAUUAUUAUGGUCAAUUAUUCAUAGUUUCACCACCUUCAAAUAAUAAUAAUAAUAAUAAUAAUAAUAAUAAUAAUAAUAAUAAUAAUAAUAAUAAUAAUAAUAAUAAUAAUAAUAAUAAUAAUAAUAAUAAUAAUAAUAAUAAAAAUAAUAAUAAUAAUAAUAAAAAUGAAAGUGAUAAAUCAAAUUUAACACCAUUAACACCAUAUGAUCCAAGUAAACCAAAUGGUGCUAAUAAUAAUAAUAAUAAUAAUAAUGAUUUAUUAGACAGUAAUAAAUUAAAAAAUUAUGAUAUCUAUUUAUACUCUUCAAUUGUAAUUUUAAUUACAAGUAUAAUAGUAUUUAUAAGAUCAAAAAAGAAUUUUAAUUUAAUAAAUGUAAAUAAUAAUAAUAAUCAAAAUAAUAAUCAAAAUAGUAAUCAAAAUAAUAAUAUUAAUAAUAAAAAAACACCAAAGAAAAAGAAAAAGAAACAAAAAAAUAAAAAUAAUAAAAAUAAUAAUGAUGAAGAUGAUGAAAAUGAAAUUGAAAAUUAUAAUGAUAAUCAAAAUGAUUUAAUUGAUGAAUUCAUUUCAACAAAUUCUGUCAUUCAACAACAACAACAACAACAACAACAAUUAAUUAAUAGUUCAAAUAAAAUUAAUAAUGGUAGUGGUAAAAUUAUUUUAGAUAAUGGUAAUGUUAAAAUUGGUAAAUUAGAAAUUAUUACCAAUAAAAUAUUAGGUACAGGUAGUUGUGGUACAAUAGUUUAUGAAGGAAAGAUGGAGGGUAGAAAAGUUGCAGUUAAAAGAAUGUUAUCACAAUUUGUAAAGUUUGCUGAUAGAGAAGUUUCAAUUUUAAUUCACUCUGAUGAACAUACAAAUGUUGUAAGAUAUUAUGCAAAGGAAGAAGAUGAUGAAUUCAUUUAUUUAGCAAUUUCAUUUUGUCAAAAAAGUUUAGAUAUGUAUGUUCAACAAACUUUAUCACUACAAAUUUCACCAACUGAUUCACCAAGUAUUCAAUCAAGUAAUAAUAAUGGUAAUGGUAAUAAUGGUAAUAAUAAUAACAAUAAUCAAAUAAUAAUUGAUAAUAAAACUAAACAAAUGAUAUUAGAAUUAUUUAAAGGAUUAGAACAUUUACAUUCAUUAAAUAUAGUUCAUCGUGAUAUUAAACCACAUAAUGUAUUGAUUGACCCUAAUAAUAGAGUAAAGAUAUCGGAUAUGGGAUUAGGUAAAUUAUUGGAUAAUGAUGAUCAAUCAUUAACAUUCACGUCAGAUAGUCAUGGUUGGCAACCAGCAGAAUAUUUAAAUGGUACCAAUAGAAACACUAAAAAAGUUGAUAUUUUCUCAUUGGGUUGUGUGGUUUAUUAUUUAUUAACUGGUGCUCAUCCAUUUGGUCAUAGAUAUAAUAGAGAGAAGAAUGUAUUAAAGGGUAAAUUCGAUAUUGAUCAAAUUAAACAUUUACCAGAUAUUCAUCAACUCGUACAUUCAAUGAUACAAUUCGAACCAGAGAAAAGACCAGACAUAGGUGAAUGUAUAAAUCAUCCAUUCUUUUGGGAAGUUCAUAAAAAGUUAUCAUUCUUGGUGGCCGCUUCAGAUUAUUUAGAGUUUGAAAAACCAACAUCACCUCUAAACUUGGAAAUCGAUAGUCAUGUUGAUUUAGUCACUGAUGGAAGUGGUGAUUGGUGGUUAAAAAUUGACCAAGUUUUAAUUGAUAAUAUUGGUCGUUAUAGGAAAUAUAAUGGUAAAAGUAUACGUGACCUUUUACGUGUCAUUAGAAAUAAAUUCAACCAUUAUAGAGAUUUAUCACCCGAAGAACAAACUUGUCUUGGCAUUUUACCUGAUGGUUUCUUUAAUUAUUUCGAUUUAAAAUUCCCUCAAUUAUUUAUUGUAACUUAUUUAUUUAUCCUUAAAAAUUUAAAAAAUGAUCAAUAUUUUGUUCAAUAUUAUUAUUAA